CCACAGAUGACCUCAGAGAGCUGGCCCUUUAAGAAUGCCCUUUGGGCUCUGUGCCCAAAGCCCCCUGGAGCUGAGCAGAGAGGCACCAGACCCUGCUCCAUGGAGCCUUCAGUCUCCCGGGAAGCUGUGCCUGCCUGGCUCUGGAACUGACCACAUCCUCUCUGGCAUCCCUAAAGUGCACUCCUCCCAGCCCAGCUCCAGAAUGGCCCUGCCCCCCAGCCCCCUGGCCAUGGAAUAUGUCAAUGACUUUGACUUGAUGAAGUUCGAGGUAAAGCGGGAGCCCUCUGAGGGGCGACCUGGCCCCCCUACAGCCUCACUAGGCUCCACACCUUACAGCUCAGUGCCUCCUUCACCCACUUUCAGUGAACCAGGCAUGGUGGGGGCGACCGAGGGCUCCCGGCCAGGCCUGGAGGAGCUGUACUGGCUGGCUACCCUGCAGCAGCAGCUGGGGGCUGGGGAGGCACUGGGGCUGAGUCCUGAAGAGGCCAUGGAGCUGCUGCAGGGUCAGGGCCCAAUCCCUGUUGAUGGGCCCCAUGCCUACUACCCGGGGAGCCCAGAGGAGACAGGAGCCCAGCACGUCCAGCUGGCCGAGCGGUUUUCCGACGCGGCGCUGGUCUCGAUGUCUGUUCGGGAGCUAAACCGGCAGCUGCGGGGCUGCGGGCGCGACGAGGCGCUGCGGCUGAAGCAGAGGCGCCGCACGCUGAAGAACCGCGGCUACGCGCAGGCCUGUCGCUCCAAGCGGCUGCAGCAGCGGCGCGGGCUGGAGGCCGAGCGCGCCCGCCUGGCGACCCAGCUAGACGCGCUGAGGGCCGAAGUGGCCCGCCUGGCCCGGGAGCGCGAUCUCUACAAGGCUCGCUGUGACCGGCUAACCUCGAGCGGCCCCGAGUCCGGGGACCCCUCCCACCUCUUCCUCUGAGCAGUUCCGGGCACCCUGUGGUGUAGUCGGGGCUGGAUGGGUUGGCAACGCCCAGGAGGCGGCUGCAUGGUUCUCUGCGUCGUUAUCAGAGCACCUUGUGGUCCAAGCCACGCCCUGUAUGACCACACAAAUAUCCCCAAAGGUUUUGGGUUCUCAAGUCAUGCCCGAGUUUAGAUGCUGGACAUUUUUUGGAGAGGGGUCCCCUCCCCUUACGCAGGCCGUACACAGAAACCCGGCCCACAUGACUAGCACGCUGAGCUCUGCAGGGACCGGUGCUAGGCACUGGGGGGUGGAAGUGUGGUGACACAGUGAAUGGGAGGUGGGGGAGGGAUGCAGCUCCCACCUCAGUUUAGUUUCUAAUUCAAGGUUUUCAACCUGUAACACAUUAAAGCUGUAAUUAGCAAUGAGGCUGUAUUUUCAUUCUGAAGCUUGUAACCUCCCCAUUUUAGCACUAAGGCAUUUCAAGAUUUCAAUGCCCAGCAGCUAGACAGACUGGGAACUCUAUCUAAAAUGCUUUUCCCCUGCCCAACUCUGUGGUCUCCAGGAUCCAGAAUGGCAAAGGCCUGAAGAGUGAGCUCUGGGGGUUGUUGGUGUGGGCGGGGAGAGAGCCCUGUGCAGAAGUCUGGAAACCUGGGUGCUAGUCCCAGCUCUUCCAUGGGAUCCCCCUGUCACCUUGAGCAAAUCGAUUGCUUCCUGAGCCUGUGUUACUUCAUCUAAUUCUCAUUUGGAUUGGAUAAUAGCUGAUACUUUUCCAUUUCUGGCAUCUCCCCAGUAUGGAAGUCCCAGUGGUCUCCCCAAGAAGUCCCCAAGACAGUCUUGCCAAUGGCACCUCCUAUCCUGCUCCAGUUUCCCACUGCAGCCUAGGCAGGGGAUGUGCAGCUCAGGUUAGGGAGCCUGGCUUCUCUGUGAGCACAUACAUGGGUUCUCUGCAGCUCCCUCCAGGCUGCCUGGUUCUCCAGACCUGCACAAGGUGCUCCUGCCUCCCGCCUCCCUCUCUAAGUGCUGGGGCAAGACUUCUCCCGGGAUGACAAGGAGCUGAGAGAGUGCAGUUUUUGUGAAUUAAACUUGAAGUCCAGGCAGAAUUCUAAUGCAAUCGGCUAAAUGUUCUUGCAAUUUAAGAAGCGUUCAUUCUUUAUCCUUG